AUGACGUCGAGACCAAAUGAAGAAUUCGUCGACGCUCAGGGCGGUAUCACGGCCAGCAAUGACGUGGCCACGAUAUCCCUGCCGGCAAGACUUCCACCGUUCUGGCGACAGAAUCCUCGGCUGUGGUUCGCGCAAUUUGAAGCAGCUGUCGCCGCCAGCAAACUAGGAGAUGAACAGAAAUUUAAUCUUGUCGUUCCACUACUGGGUUGCAACAACCUGGAAUUAAUUACGGAUCUAAUACUGGAGCCUCCGGCUACCGGCAAGUACCAGACUUUGAAGGAAAGACUGAUAGCGACUUUUCAAGAGUCUGACGAUCGCCAACUGCAGAAGCUGUUGAGUGGCCUCGAACUCGGCGAUCAAAAACCAAGCCACCUUCUUCGGAGAAUGCGUGAUCUCGGCGGAAAAUUAUUGUCCCAAGAAGCACUUAAGGUUAUGUGGCUGAAGCAGUUACCCGCAUAUGUGCGCUUCGUACUUUCCAUCAACACGGAAUCAUCGCUUGAAACCAUAGCUGCGAUGGCCGACAAGAUGCUCGAACAAUAA